AUGUUGCGCUUGCCUCGUGUUGUUCGUCAAACUCUCACCCUUCAGAAGAGCCACCAGCUAUCAAGAUUUUAUGCUAAAGAUGUGAGGUUUGGUGCUGAUGUAAGAGCUCUCAUGCUCCAGGGCGUCGAUAUCCUCGCCGAUGCAGUAGCGGUUACCAUGGGCCCUAAAGGUAGGAACGUCAUAUUGGAACAGUCCUGGGGUUCACCUAAAAUAACCAAAGAUGGUGUAACUGUUGCGAAAGGUGUGGAGUUGAAAGACAAAUUUCAGAAUAUUGGUGCCAAACUUGUACAGAAUGUAGCAAAUAACACCAAUGAAGAAGCCGGUGACGGCACCACCACAGCCACGGUCCUCGCCCGCGCUAUUGCCAAAGAAGGUUUCGAAAAGAUUUCCAAAGGUGCCAAUCCGAUUGAAAUUCGCCGAGGGGUCAUGAUGGCGGUAGACGCUGUUAAAGAAAAGUUGAAGAACAUGUCCAAGCCGGUUACCACACCUGAGGAGAUCGCACAGGUCGCGACAAUCUCUGCUAACGGCGACCUCGCCAUUGGUAAACUCAUCGCCGACGCCAUGAAGAAGGUUGGACGUGACGGCGUCAUUACAGUGAAGGACGGCAAGACUUUAUACGACGAACUUGAAGUCAUCGAAGGUAUGAAAUUCGAUAGAGGUUAUAUUUCACCUUACUUCAUCAACUCGUCCAAGGGGGCCAAAGUCGAGUUCCAGGACGCUCUAGUUCUGUUCUCUGAGAAGAAAAAUCAGCAAUGUGCAGACUAUCAUUCCUGCUUUGGAACUCGCGAACAGCCAAAGGAAGCCACUAGUCAUUAUAGCUGA